UAUCAAUAAUGAACUCUUUUACAAAGAAUUUUAUUUAUAUUAUUCCAACAACUUUUUGAUAUUAACAAAAAUAGUUUGAUUAUUUUUAUAAUAAUAAUUUAAUUACACUGUGAUUUUUAAUAAUUCAAAAAAUUGAUUAUAGUUUAUUUAUAAUUAUAUGCUGUCUCUCAAAUGGAUUUUAUUGAUUACUGAUGGCAAUGGUAGCAUCUCCAUUAAAUUAUGAUAAACAAUUUUCGUAAAAGAAUUGUAAGAGACGUAUCUAUUAAAUUUAUUGCUAUUAAGUUAAAGUUCAGUAAAAUUUGAUCAUUUUUAAUAUUAAAACUUGGAUUGACCCAAAUUAAGUGUAAUAAUUCAAUUUCAUCUUGUUAUUAAUUGUUCAGAUUUAUUUUUAUUCAGAAAUAAAACAAUUUUUAAACCCAAAAAUAUUCAUUAGAAAAACAUUUUUAAUUUGGAAUGAUAAUUCUUAAAAUAUCUGCUUAGUACAACACUUCAAAUUCAAUUUAACGAUAAUGUCUAGAAAAAAUAAUUUACUUGUUAAAAAUACUAAUAUGAGUCUUCAUGAUAGAUUUACUCAAAUUCAAAAAAAAGUAAAGUCAGCUGAAGGAGAAGAGCUUUUAAAAAAAAGACGUACAUUUCCAUUUCUCAUGGAACCAGAACGUAGACCUGAAGUAGCAUCGAGUUUAUUUAUGGAUACAGACUAUUCACCUAGAGAAUUUCAAAGAUCUCCAUUAUUAUUUCCUCAAAGGAGUAAAGUAGGUGAUCGAUUAUAUAACAGUAUUGUACAUGAUAAUUUGAGACCUAUGGAGAGAGUGAAUAUUCCAGUUCACGAGAGACUUGCUUUUAGUAGAGUUCCAUUAGUUGAAGAAAGAAGAAAACCUAGACGAAUAAGAGAUACUAGAAUAAAUUUAAGAGGAUCUAUUUCCGAGUUAGUAAAUAAUAAAUUUAAUCAACCUCUCAACAAACAGAAAAAUAAAAGACGUCCACUAAAAAAGAGAGAUGCGUUUUCACGCAAAAGUGGGAAAAUUUCUAAAGAAGACUUAGAUCAACAGUUAGAUCAGUUUAUGUCACAUACCAAACAAAAAAGAGAUGAAGAAUUACACAGAGUAAUUGAAAAUCAGAUGUAAAAACUUGGCAUACUUGCGUAUUUUACCUAUUAUUUUAUUUUAUUUGAUUUUUCAUCACAUUAAGUAAUGUUUCUUUUGUAUUGAAUAUCUUUUUAUUGUCUGUUCUAAAAUUGUGAUUAAAUGAGAAAUAAUUAUUUUGUAUACAUAGUCAUAAAAAAAAAUUUAAGUUAAGAACUAUGUUUAAAAAAAAUAAUUACAAUUAAUAACAAUGUUUACUGAAAUUAAUAUUUUUGUAUAUAUAUUUGAUUUUUUGAUAAUUAUUUACCUUAAACGAAUCAUUUUA